GGGAGCGGAGAAGGAGAAGAAAGGGGAGAGCACGGGGGGGGCGGGGAAGGCUGAACGGCCCGACCUGCAGUCCGGCUUCUGCGGCCGUUCACCUCGGAGGCGCCCAUGGAAAGUUAAUCAUUGACAGGAGGGCGAGAGAGGAGGCGCUUAAUCUUUCCAAGGCAUUCUGCUGGUGAAAUCCACUCAAACAACUUUUCCACUGAAUAAUCAUUAACCCCACUUAAUACCAUCUGAAAUUUGGGGAACUGAUGUAUCACAGCCAAUCCAACUCGGAAUUAAACUCCCAAAGGCACUAGGCAGCUGUUUCAGAGUGUCAUGGGGGAACAAGACCAGGGCCAGAUUCACUUUAUCACGAACAACAGAGGCGGCAAUCUGCGUUGAAAAAAGAUUGGCUGUUCUCCAGCGUUUCUCAGUAUCGCUUUUUGUAUUCAUGACAUCCUGCUUGAUGUUAUGAAUGGUAACGUCUUCGAUUCAGAUAAUGGCGAAUGAGGUGGCGACAGACAAGGUUGCAGAGAAGUUGAGUUCUACUCUCUCAUGGGUGAAGAACACAGUGUCUCACACUGUCAGUCAAAUGGCUAGUCAAGUGGUAAGCCCAUCUACUUCAUCGCUGCACACUACAUCUUCAUCAACAACGCUCUCGACACCUGCACUUUCACCAGGCUCACCAACUGCACUUAGUCCUGAUGAUUUGGAGCUUCUUGCAAAAUUAGAAGAACAAAAUAGGUUACUGGAAACUGAUAGUAAGUCUUUGAAAUCUGUAAAUGGAUCGCGACGCAAUAGUGGAUCUUCCCUGGUAUCUAGUUCUUCUGCCUCGAGUAACCUGAGCCACCUGGAAGAAGAUUCCUGGAUUCUUUGGGGGAGAAUUGUUAAUGAGUGGGAUGAUGUGCGGAAAAAGAAAGAGAAGCAGAUGAAGGAGCUUGUUCGAAAAGGGAUUCCUCAUCAUUUCCGAGCUAUUGUGUGGCAACUCCUAUGCAAUGCACAGAAUAUGCCCAUCAAAGAUCAAUAUUCAGACCUUUUGAAAAUGACUUCACCAUGUGAAAAACUUAUCAGAAGAGACAUUGCAAGAACAUAUCCAGAACAUGAAUUUUUUAAAGAGAAAGACAGCCUCGGACAAGAAGUUUUAUUCAAUGUGAUGAAGGCCUAUUCACUUGUAGAUCGGGAAGUUGGUUAUUGCCAAGGGAGUGCUUUCAUAGUUGGUCUGCUACUCAUGCAGAUGCCAGAGGAAGAAGCAUUUUGUGUUUUUGUGAAGCUAAUGCAAGACUAUAGACUCCGUGAGCUAUUCAAACCCAGUAUGGCCGAGCUAGGUCUCUGUAUGUACCAAUUUGAGUGGAUGAUACAGGAACAGCUACCAGAACUUUAUGUGCAUUUUCAAUCUCAGAAUUUUCACACUUCCAUGUACUCCUCCUCCUGGUUCCUAACUAUCUUUCUGACUUCAUUUCCAUUACCGGUUGCCACAAGAUUAUUUGACAUUUUCAUGUCAGAGGGUCUCGAGAUUGUUUUUCGUGUUGGGAUAGCUAUACUACAGUCUAAUCAGGCAGAAUUGAUGCAGCUUGACAUGGAGGGAAUGUUACAACAUUUUCAAAAGGUCAUCCCACAUCAGUUUGACAGUGGCCCUGACAAGUUGAUCCAAACAGCUUAUCAAAUUAAAUACAAUGCAAAGAAAAUGAAGAAAUUGGAAAAGGAAUACACUACCAUAAAAAAUAAAGAGAUGGAAGAGCAAGUGGAAAUUAAGAGGUUACGCACGGAAAAUCGUUUGCUGAAACAACGAAUUGAAACAUUGGAGAAAGAAAGUGCUUCUUUGGCAGAUAGAUUGAUUCAGGGACAAGUGACAAGGGCACAAGAGGCAGAGGAAAACUACCUCAUUAAACGGGAGCUGACCACCAUUAAACAGCAGAGUGAUGAGGCUAGUGCUAAGCUGGAGAAAGCUCAGAAUGCCUUCAGGGAGCUCCAAGAGCAACGGCAUAAAUGCAAUCCACGCUACAGUGAGGAUUUUGUUCUUCAACUGGAAACUGAACUCGUGCAGGCAAGGUUAAGAGAAGCAGAAACACAAUGUGCACUUAAAGAAAUGCAGGACAAAAUCUUGGACAUAGAAAAGCGAAGCAGCUCCUUACCCGAUGAGGAUAAUGUGGCCAGGUUGCAAGAAGAGCUCAUAGGGGCAAAACUAAGAGAAGCAGAGGCAAUAGUGAGUCUAAAAGAUCUUGGGCAGCAAGUUAAAGAUUUGGACGAUCAUUGGCAGCGCCAUCUGGCUCGAACUAGCGGCCGGUGGAAAGAUUCGCCUCGGAGGAACAUCGUAAGUGAACUGCAGGACGAACUGAUGACAGUGCGUUUGAGAGGAGCCGAAACACAGGCUGAACUGAAGGAGGUUAAGCAACGAAUGUUAGAACUUGAAACACAGAACCAAAUCAGCAGUAACCAGUUAUGUCGAGCAGAGAAGGAAUGCAAUAGUCUACGUGAGAAGGUGCAAUAUCUCACAGCCCAGAAUAAGGGACUACUCACUCAGUUAAAUGAAUCUAAACGGAAAAUGGCUGAAAUGGACUGCAAGAAUAAAGAAGACGUGAUGGCAGUAAGACUUCGGGAAGCGGAAAGUAUUGCAGCUGUGGCAGAACAUCAACAGAAAAUUGCUGAAUUAAAAAUGCAGAAAGAAGAGGGUAAAGUUAAAGGCCAGCUUAAUAAUUCAGACUCCACCCAAUAUAUUCGAGAACUGAAGGAUCAGAUAGAGGAGCUGCAACAUGAGUCUCCUUCAGGUCAUGUGUCUAAAAGGGCAGAGCAACUUCUCAGACCGACUCACUUUUGAUAAGAUCCAUAUUGUGAACCACAUAGCUGAUGAUGAUUCAUUCCACUCCUCCGAUGACGAUCUGAUUCCAAAUACUCUGAGGGUUUGUGGUCUUCGGGGUGUUCCUCGCCAUUUUCACCACCUUGGCAGAAACGUACAAAUGGAAGCUAACGAUAAGGACAGUGAGGACAGCACAGACAGUGAUAAUGAGGAGGCAGCAACGCACCCUCAUCACUACGGCCAGAUUAGUCAUCAGAAUAUCUGCCCAAAGGGUCAGGACCAGACAGAAUCGCUCUCCACCACCGUGUGACCAUCACUGUGAACAUGAGGCUCUCCGGUUCAUGUCAAAGACCAAAUGGGCUCCAGUCAUUCAGACUAGAAUGCAGGUUUCAGCCUUGCCUGCUGAUUAAAAUAAAGUGACUGACAUGUGGAAACAACAAGGGGGUGGGAGAUCUGCCAUUGAAAUGGUGGAGAUGAUGUUCUGGAUUUCAUACUGUUUUUUUUGGGGGGGGGGGGGGGGGGGGGUUUACAAGGAGGGUGUCAUUUUACCUGUUCUUUUGUCUGCCUUAACCUCUGCCAAACCUUUCCGAAAUAAUUGUUGCCACAUGCGAAAACAAGAGAGGACUUGUAAAAUGGACAGAACAGGAGAUGAGAUAGUGACAGUAUUAUAUACAGUAUCAUCUUUUGUCUUUUUAAACUUGAAAUACACUUCCUAAUUUAUUUAGAAAAGGGGGUUUUAUUUUCCCUUUGCUUGAUACUUCAGUCGAUGGAAUUGAGCUCUUGGAUAUUGGUUGAUAAUGGAAAAGAUGCAUCACCUUGUGCAAUAUUAAUUGUAUUUUAUGCUAAAGAGAACACAUUUACUAGUUUAUGAUAUAAAUGUACCAUGAUGGUCUUAAGAGGAUUAAUUAAAGAGCUUGUGCCUUUAAGGCAUGGUUUGGUCAGGAGUAUUGUCGGUUAACAAUCUUAUUCGGGCAUCAGAGUUUAAUAUGUGCAAUUGGAACAUGUUCAGGACGCAGCUCCACAGUAUGCUAUGUCAUGGGCUUGCUUCAUAUCCCAGCACAAAAACACGUUUCUUCAAGAAAAUACUUUUUUAAGUACAAAAAAAAAAAUCAAAUGCUAAGAUUGCUGUUUAUACCUUCACAUGAUCUUAUCCAUUUUAUUUUAUCUGAGUUUUCAUUUGAAGUGUCUGAUAACAAAUAGUGAUGUACCAGUAGUAUGUGUUCCAGCAAUAUCUAAUUUUAUGUGUUACUUUGUUAUGACAGAGAAAUGUAGUUACAUUUAAAUAUAAAUAUGUUUUAUUGUUAACUGAGAAUGCAUAGGGUUACAUUUCUGACUUUAUCACAAAUCAACCACUUCAAAUUUGGAGAUUUCAACAUAGGCAUGGACUGAUUACCCGAGUUUAUACCAUUCAAGGAAAUGCAGAAACACUAUCAGGAAACUGUUAUUCAGAAGUAAGGAAACCUCCUCAGAAAAUAUCCGUGUUGAAUAUGUUAGCUCUGCUUGGCAGUUGUUAACACUAGCUUUUUCACUUCACUAAUGAGAAUGCUUGUAUAAACACUAUCAGUGCAUCUCUUUUAACUUUAAAUUAUAACAUAAUCACAAUAAAUAAACUUAUAUGAUUUUAAAGGGAUUAUACUGUAUCUUGUUACUUUGCUUGCUUUUCCAUUACUGAUGUAACAGGGAAUCUUAAAACUGAAAAGGGAAUGCGAAUUUUGGACAUUAUUCCAUGUUUUAAAAUGGUGUGAUUCCUUAUGACCACAAAUAAAUUGUUGGUAUCUUUCACCAUCU